AUGGUCAAAAUGGUACAUGAUAAUGUACCUGUACACCAUUCAAUGGUAUAUAAAAAAAAAUCAUUAACAAUGAAUGAUAUGGCUGAUAUUAAUGGUGAUAAAUAUAAUGUUAAUGAUUCUUCUGGUUCAUAUAAUAAUCAAAAUAAUUGUAAUACAUCUAGUAGUGAAUCAGAUGGAUCACCUGUACGAUUAAAUAAUAUGAGUGAAUCUCCAAAUCAACAAAAUUCAUCACCUAAUGAAUCUUUAUCAGAUUAUAAUGAAGUGUCAUAUGAAAAUGAAAUUUUUGAUGAAGAUGAUGUUGAUGAUGAAGAAGAAGAAGACGAGGAUAUUGUUGAUGAAGAAAUGGAAGAAUACUUAUUAGAAGAGGAUGAAGAAUUAGAUGAUCUAGAGAAUGAAGAAGGUAAAAAUGGCAAAGAUGAUGAUAAUAUUAACAAUGAUAAAGAUAAAUCUGGAGAUAUAAAUUGCAUUGAAAAACGACAUGUAUGUGAUAUAUGUGGUAAAGCAUUUCCAUAUCUUUCUAUACUUGAAUCACAUCGUCGUUGCCAUACUGGUGAAAAACCUUUCCAAUGCCAUUUUUGUGACAAAAAAUUUGCUCAAAAAGCAACACUUCAAGUUCAUGAAAGAACACAUACUGGAGAACGACCAUAUAAAUGUCGAUAUUGUGAAAAAACUUUUGCACAAUAUGGUACAAAAACUGUUCAUGAAAAAAGUGCACAUUUAGGUAUAAGAAAUUAUAAAUGUCCAAAAUGUAGUAAAAAUUUAUCAUCACCCUCUGCUUUAUAUACACAUAAAAAAACUCAUGGUGCAAAAGCAUUUAAAUGCCAUUUAUGUCCCAAGACUUUUACAUUGAAAAAUUAUCUUAAAUUGCAUGUAAAACAAGUUCAUGAACAAAAUGAAAAAAAACAUGUUUGUCGUUUUUGUAUGAAAUCAUUUUCAUAUGCAGGAAGUCUUCAAGUACAUGUUAGAACACAUACUGGUGAAAGACCAUAUGUAUGUAAAUAUUGUCCAAAAGCAUUUGCUUCACAAGGAAAUUUACAAUCACAUGAAAGAACUCAUACUGGAGAACGACCUUAUUCAUGUACAACAUGUUCAAGAUCUUUCAUUCAAAAGUCCCAAUUAACAGCUCAUGAAGCAACUCAUCAAUGCAAUAUUAUUUCAUCACCACAAAAUAUUUCUUCUAAUACAUCUACAGCAAGUUCACGAUCUCCAAAUUCAUGUAGUCCAUCAUCAAGUUAUACAAACAAAUCAUCUUCUGGUGUACUAUUAUUACAAUCACAAGAAAUUUCUAAAUUUCCAGUUAUUGAGAAUAAUGAUUUAUCAACAAAUAUAAUGGCAAAUGAACCUAUAACAGUACCAGAUACAACUAUAUCCCCAAAAAAAGUAACUGAAUAUACUUGUAAAUAUUGCGGAAAAAAAUAUGGUUAUGCAUCAUCAUUGUAUGUUCAUACUCGACUCCACACCGGUGAAAGACCUUUUCAAUGUAAAUAUUGUGAAAAAUCAUUUACAAAUCAGGGGAAUAUGCAGGUUCAUCAAAGAGUACAUACAGGAGAAAAACCAUAUAAAUGUGAUUUAUGUGGAAAAUGCUAUGCACAAAAAGUUGGACUUAAAAUACAUAUGGAACAAUGUCAAACAACUAAAGGUAAUGAAAUAAAAAAUGAAAAUUAUGAAAUAAAUUCAAUGACAUCAUUAAAAAGUAUUUCACCACAAGAAAAUGGAUCAGAAGAAAUGUUUUCUAGUAUUUUAUCAAUUGAUCAAUCUAUUUUAAAGACAGAAAAUGACCAAACAAAAAAUUCUUUUGUUGAUAUAUCAGAUAUACGUAGUAAUGAGUCUCAGAGUGUAUCAAAUAUUUUUACACCAACAAUUAAUGUUACUCCAAUUACUGUUUCACCUGUUAUAGAAAAAAUUGAUGACCAAUUGAAACAAGCAACAGAGAUUAUGCUUUCUUGUUUAAAUUCAUCUAAUCCUUCAACUGCUGCUGCAGCAGUUGCUGCCAUUCAACAAUUAAAUUAUCCACAAUCAUCUAUAUUACGUCCAUCUAUGCCUGCUUCAAGUUCAUCAGUGAUCUCACAACAACAAACAUCAAAUUUAUCUUCAUUAUUUUCUUUACAGAAUUCAAAUCCUUUAAGUGCAAUUAACAAUUCCGUUGUUUCUAAUAAUGUAUUUUCUAAUAAUGGCAUUUCAUCAAUUUAUAAUUCUAAUACUUCGAACAAUUUUAUUUCAUCAUCAAUUACACCUUUAACAGAAAAUAAUAAUCAAUUUAAUAAUUUAACUCAAAAUGUUGAUAUUAAUAAUAUCUUAUCAUCAAAAAAUGCUCAAUCAAUAAUUGACGUAUUAAAAAUUAAAGAUCAAUUGAAUAAUCUUCAUAAUGUUACUCAUAAUCAAGUUCCGGUGUCAUCUGUUUACCAAUCAUCAAUUAACCCAUCUAAUAGUAAUAUGUCUCUUUACAAUCAAAUUACUUCCUUUAAUUCAAUAUCUGAUAUUACAAAGGCUGUCCUAAAUUCAAGAAUUAACCAACUUUCAGUUUUACCACAAAAUGUCAAUCAAAAUCAAAGUCCAUCAAUUGUACAAAAUCAAUUAACAUCCCAACAGUUACAAUUAUUGUUAUCACAAUAUCAAUUAUUAAAUGGACAGUCUAAUUCAAAUUUAUCACUUGAUAGUAGUAAUCAAAACAUAAAUAUUUCACAACUACAACAAAAUAUUAACAACUAUCGUCAGAUUUCUUCAAAUAAUCAACCACAAAAUAUACAAGUUAAAAGUCCUUUCAUUAAUUCAUCUAGCUUUAUUCCUAAUGGAAGUUUUUAA